CCUCGAUCUCUCGAGCGCUCUGUAUAGCAUCCGCCAAAUAAUCGAGUGUCGAUGAUGGUCCUCGUUGAGCACGCCAUCAGAAAAUCGUGAUUCACCAUAUUCCAGCGAUAGCCCAAAAACGGCCGAGUGGACGUACCAAACGGUAUCUCUGACGGUGCCUCCAACGGUUAUUCCUCCAGUCUUCAAACGACGGUCUCACCAAUGCAGGAAUAUCCACAACUCCAAUACUGCUAUCACCAUACCACGCCGACACUGGUGGAACCGGACCAUGCCGUACAACGACUUUCGCCAUUUCCGUCCCCGUCUGCAGCAGUCUGGGCCGCACACAACAACACUUUGUGGCCUAGUAUGCUGGCUGGUCAACCUCAGGACCCCUAUACGCCCAUUUUACCGGCGCCGCCCGGAUCUACUCCCGUGUUUGCAGGAUCAAAAUCUGAUAUGAUCCCAACCAGCGCCGGGACGAACACAUCUCGCCGCAAGCUGACCGAUGAGGAACGCCGCCAGAUGUGCAUUGAAGCCGAGCAGCAUCCGGAGAAAAAGCAGAGUGAGAUAGGAGCGAAGUUCAACGUGGAGAGGAGCACGGUAUCGAAGAUCCUGGGGCAGCGGGACAAGUACAUGAAUCCGCAGACGAACGGGGACCGCGUCAGUCGCGUCAGUCCGAUCAAGACGUCCAAGGCCAAAUCACCGGACAUUGAGAAGACCCUCACCAAUUGGGUCAAGAAUCGACAAGAGAACGGGCUCUCCGUCACGGACGAGGAUCUUCAGAACCAAGCUCAUCUAUACUCGUGCAGGAAGAGCGGCCAAGCGACUACUUUAAACACUGACUGGCUGGAGGAAUUCAAGGGUAAGACCGGUCUCAUUGACCCCAAGGUCAAUCCCAACGCAACCCUAGUAAAUCCCAGCUCGAUCUCACCAUCACAAACCGCUCUAGACGGCUCACCCACGUCUUCCAAUGGCCUUGUCUCUCCUCCGAUGUCGACAAUUGAGGAGCACACUCAAGGGUCCACGGUCAAAAUAGAGACCCACACAGAUCCUUUUGGCGUUGGAGAUAGGCAACUAACCCCCGAAACUCAACGGGUUGGCACGAGCAGGAUCGAGGGCGCGGACGAUGCGUUCGGGACCUCUUAUCGUCCAAGCAGCCAGACAUACUCCCACGCACCGGGUCUUAGAACAGGUUCUCACCCAUCCUCACACCCGCGGCAGAUGGGGCAACGACACAAGAGUGAUCCCAACAUCGACUCCCUUGCAGGGGUGCCCCUCUCGCCUAUGCAGCCUCCACCACUGCCACGGCCCGUGGAUACCUCACCCGUUAACAGCACGGCCUCGCCGGCCGAGGAAGAUAUCAUUCGAGCGCUGCACGCCGUCAAAGAAUUGCUAGAACGGAACCCGACGAUGGCAGAACCGAACGACUACGUGGUCAUUGGUAAAUUGAUGCAGAUAGUUAAAACCCUUUAUCCAACAAGAGCGCCACCGCCGGGAGGUAUGCACCCAAUUGAUAUCAUAGACAGUCCUCGCAUUUCCAAAAAGAGGGCCAUUCUCGACAUCUCGACCUAG